AUGCGGUUCGACGACUGGGACGUUUUGCUCUUCCCUCGGGACUGCAAGGUCCCCGUGAAAGAGUUCAAAGUGGCCUGCCACGUUAUCCACGAUGCCGUCUCGAUCCAUUCCUGGUCUUCGCCCACUCUCAGCCAGUUUACCAGAUGCUAUAGCAAGUAUGGCGACGAUGCCAACUUUGAGGCCCGCGUCUUCAUUGACGGACAGUUGGUUGCCUCUGCGCCUCUCGAUCGAGAAAAAGACUGGCCGCACAUCAUCAUUCACAGUUUCGGUGUCGCGAAGAACGGAGAUCUCGAGCCUCUGAAGUUCCCAGGCUUUCGCCAGGAGCUUCUUCGACAGAAUCACUGGCAUCCCGCGGACAAUUUUGGCCGCAUCAAGAUUGUGAUUAGCGAAGGCUUUCCGCGCGAUUCCCUCUCACUGCCCAUGCAGCGGGUCAAGAACGUUGUAGCAUUCUCCUUUCAACAUGCGCCUCUUGAAAUUCUGGAGAACUCUUGCAUCGCGUGGCCGAAUCCCAGCAUGUGGCGACGGAUUCCAGCCCCUGCAGCGAGGGCGGUUCAAGCCUAUCCGUCCGACGAUAUUGACUCACAUGCCCAUUCUCCGAGAAGAAAAUACACUCGGAUUAACGCAAACCCUGUCUCCUCUUUGACUGAGAGCCUCCGUGGCACAAUGGACAAUCGAAACACCCGGCAAAGUCAGGGCACGUCUGGCUACCAAAGCGGCAGCACUCGCGCUGCUUCUGGAAGCACCAGCACCGGCACUCUGGAGACAAUCAAUGACUCAAAUGCCUAUUUCGAGUGGCUGAACGGCAUGGGCACCGGGGUGAAUGAUACACAUCAGUUGUUUGAACACGAUCUCUUUGCACCCGGUCAGAACGGAAGACGACUUCCCAGUGGUGGUGUGCCACCCUACAUGUCUCUGGGUAACAGUAUGGGACCGUAUCUCGACCAAAGUCUCGGGUUGCAGAACUUCCGAAACGAAGAUGGCCGUGACCAAUUUGACUAUAUCAGGUCUGCCGCCGAAGUUUCGGAUGUCGAAGCCGUCUGCGGCCAGGAGACGCAAGAUCUUUUCGUGCCUCGGCUGUCCCAGGACAACAUGUUCACGAUGGAUACACCCACUUCAUUGGCUCACUCGCUGCUCAAUCAACCGAUGCCAGCCCACCUCCUGGGCGUCAGUGUUCAAACUGUUCAACCUGAAGUAAGGCCGCACCAAGCAGACGACCUUCAUCAGGCACCAGAUCCGUCUCCUUCAAGUGCAUCUACGUCGUCCACCUCUCACAACAAUCAUGCCGGAGUCAGAAGGACUGUUCGCCGGCCAUCUAAAGCGCACAAUGUCAGCGGGCAACCAGGGUCAAGCAGCUCUGGUUAUAGAUCGUCUCUUCCAGACGCCAACCAGCAUCUGGCCUCGGUCGAGGACUAUGUUUCUGUUUUGGAGGGCCGUUUGAUCGAAGACGCGGCUGCGAGUAAUGCGGCACCGCCCUCUACCGACAAGGGAACAAAGAGAAGCCACGAUUCUGCUUCUGGUCCCGGAAGCGCUGUGAUGAGCGACGAGGACCAACGGCGACCAAGCCCCAGAGCUCACAUUACAGCCUUGCUCGCGCAGAGCCCAACGUUCAAUGGCCAAUAA